AUGAGUACGAUGAAGUUUUGUCGCGAAUGUAAUAACAUUCUGUAUCCUAAGGAAGACAGAGAGCAACCGAGACUUCUCUACGCAUGCCGUAAUUGCGAUCACCAGGAAGAAGCGGAUAACAACUGUGUUUACAGAAACGAGGUUCAUCACUCUGUAAGUGAACAAACUCAAAUCCUAUCCGAUGUCGCUUCUGACCCAACGCUUCCGCGCACCAAGGCUGUCCGCUGCGCCAAGUGUCAACAUGGCGAGGCCGUCUUCUUCCAGGCUACGGCUAGAGGUGAAGAAGGAAUGACUCUGUUUUUCGUUUGUUGCAACCCGAAUUGUGGCCAUCGUUGGAGAGAAUAG